UCCUAUAGUUAUGGAGAAAAGUAGGGCUACCUUUUGCAACAAUAGGCGUGUUCCUCUCAGUCUUCUCAAGUCUAAAUUACAGAGGAUAAUUACCGAAUAUAAAUUGACAAGAGAAAAGAUUGGGAGAAACAAUGGUUGUGCUCGGAAUUCAGAGUUUGGAUGAGUUCAACGCCAAGCUUCAGGAGGCUGGCGACAAGAUAGUUGUCGUUGAUUUCUUCGCGACUUGGUGUGGUCCUUGCAAAGCGAUUAAACCAGAUUUUGCUGCACUUUCUGAAGAAUUUACAGAUAUGAUUUUCUGUUCUGUCGACGUGGAUGAAGUUCAGGAUAUAGCUAAGUCUAAAGGGGUGAAAGCUUUGCCAACGUUUCUCAUUUUUAUGCGUGGAAUAGAGGAAAAAAAGGUAGUAGGAGCGAGAAAGGCUGAGCUGGAAUCUGCAAUAAAGGAAGUCAGAAACCGGUUUCUUGGUGCACCAGGUUCUGGAGCUCAGUGUCAACGCCCUAUGUAAGGAGUUUGUAUGUUCUCCCUGUGGAAUAUGUUGCUUUUCUCUGGAUCCUGCAGUUCAAAGAUGUAAUGGUUAGUAGGUUAAUAACUCCAGUGACCCUUUGCUAAUGCCCUGUUCCUUCAGCCACUGUCCCUUUCAUGAAAGGUAUUGGAGCAAAAUGGAAGAAAUUAAUUGACAUUGAUGUGUUCCAGGAUGUAAAAUAAUAAAAAUGGUGCUCCAUAAUAGCAUUUCCUAGGUAUUGUGAACAAUGAUAUUGAAUAUUGUAUAAUUAAAUCCCUGAUUGUUUGA